CAUAUGACAACAUCCUCACUUUCACCGACGUGUCCCUUUCCAAGCGCCCCUUUUUUUCAAUUCUUUCUUUCUUUUCAUUACAAAUUACACUCUCUCGUUUUCCGUUUUCUCAAACGCUUUGAAAAGAAAUGAAUAAAGAAGGAGUCGAAGGUUAUUGGGGUGCUGUCACAAGUUCGGUCGAUUGGUGUGAAGAGAAUUAUGCACAUUCCUAUUAUAUUGCAGAAUUCUGGAAUACAAUUUCUAGUUUAGCCAUGGUGGUAUUAGGAUUAUUAGGUGUCGCCCUACAUCAUCGAUCUUUGGGUUGGAAACUAUCGAUCAGUUAUCUAUUAAUCGUCGUGGUAGGCAUUGGAAGUGUCUUGUUUCAUGCGACACUUCAAUUUGAACAUCAGAUGUGGGAUGAGGUUCCAAUGGUUUGGACCGCCUGUUACCUUUUAUGGGUUUUAUUAGGGGAGCACGGUGACUAUGGAAAACGAAAAAACAGCUAUGGGAUAGGGAUUCUACUUUACUGCGCUUUUGCAACUUAUGUCACUAGUAUGAACAAAGGAACGACACAAUUUUUCAUGUUUCAGACCUCGUUUGGUUUCGUGAUGUGGAGUGAUCUUUAUCUUGUCUAUCAAUUGUACAAAAAGGCGAGACCCGAAACCCUCAAGCUAUUUCAACAAGGAACCGUAUUUUUGAUAUUCGCCAUUACUGUGUGGUUAAUUGAUUCUAAUCUUUGUUUUGUCUAUCAAUAUCUGCCCAAUCCGCAAUUACAUGCAUGGUGGCACGUCCUUAUGUGUACAAGUUUACAUUACUUUUUUGUUGCUUGUGGCUAUGAAUCUGUAUGGAAAGAAGAAAAAAAGACAAAUGUACGUAUCGGUUAUUGUCUGGGCCUGAUACCUUUUGUUCAAGCCGAUGAUAAAGAUGGAAGAAAAAAAGAAUCCUAAAGAAAUUGAGAUCCUCCCCCCCCCUUAAAAAACCAAGAAAAUGAAAAAAUGGGGGGUGUUACAAUUAAGAAAACCUUAAAAAAAAAUAAAAAAAAUAACAGUUACUUUUUUGUUCGAUGGAUUUCCUUUUAUAGUCAAAUGCUGCUUUUUUACUUUUUUUUUCUAAAUUGCAUGAUUUGCAUCGGUUCUUUUUCACUUUAGAACAAUGUAAAUAGAUAAACACGCGCAUAGAAUAGAU